AUGUCCAAAUCGGUGUCUAUACCACAAGCACUGUCCGACCUGAAACGGACGUCACUCCGACGGUUGAGUAGUGCAAGGAAUGGUGGAAACAAGAAAGAGAAGACUGUGACGACUUCAACACCUUUGAGUGGAUUUGUGAUAUUGGUGGAGAGGGAGGACAAGGUGGUUCGGUUGUAUGGUACCGCCGCCGAACGAGCCGGUCUUAGCAUCGGCGAUGAGAUCGUCGGGGUUAAUGAUAUGCAAAUCGAUGGUAAAAGCUAUGAGGAGGUCACCAAAUACAUUCAAGAGUGCAUCCGCCGAAAAAUCAUCCAACUCAAAGUUCGCCGUCGUGCUCUAGAAAUUCCAGCCGAAAACGAGGCGUCGGUUUUCAACUGCACCCAAACCAACCAUCGGAUGGUUACUGAUGCUUACUUGGUGUCCGUGGACAAGGACCAUAUAAAGGAAGUGACAAAGCGGUUGAAAAAGUAA